UCACCUCAUCAUCUCCUCUCCAUUGACCUUCCCCUUUUUAAACUUUUGUUUGUAGUCUUGGCAAACUCAAAACCUUGUUUAAUUUCUCCUCCACAGCCGGAAAACCGCACAAGAACACAAAUUUCCCCGGAAUUUCUCACGACAAAUAUGGCUUCGCCUGAAUUUUACGCCGGAAAACCCCCGCGCAAGGAAUUACAAGGCCCCCGGCCCGCCCCUCUCAAGGUUCGAAAGGACUCUCACAAAAUCAAGAAACCACCAACUGGCCUUCCCCCUCAGAACUCCCUACCUCUAAACCACCAAACCCAAAACCGCCCUCCAGUUAUCAUCUACACUGUUUCCCCGAAAGUGAUUCACACAAAAGCGAGCGACUUCAUGACCCUGGUUCAGAGCCUGACCGGUGUUUCCUCGUCUUCGGUGGAGGUUUCAGGGAUCAAUGGCGGUUUCCCGACAGAUAAUUUUGUGGGGAAUGAAUUUUCCAGCGGUAUUCCGGCUAUUGAAGAGCUGAAUAUGCCGGCUUCAGGUGGUCAUGGGAUAUUAUCGCCUUUGCCCUCGUCUUUACCCCCUAUUUCACCGAGCUGGUUUUUACCCUCACCUGAUUACGCUGGUUUCGCUAACAAGGGUAUGUUUAGUCCUUCAGUUUUAAUUGGGAGCAAGGGUUUAGAGGGAGAAAGCUUUGGGGUUAAUGGUUCGAGCCUUUUAUUGGGACCUAUUACUUCGCCUAAUGUUUCAUUUGAUAUGUGUAAUAUGAUUUUCGAGUUUUAGGUGAGUUAAAGAAUGAGCUAAUUCUGGUGUUUAA